UACAAAAAACGAAAACAAAAAUUGAUUCGUCCUAUAGAAUAACAGCCCAAAACAAUUCAAAUUAAUAUCGUAAAAAUUGUCGCCCAUUGUAAGACACGAAAAACAAAAGCAAAGACGCACAGUGCUACCCACAACUUUUAUUUUUACAAGGCACAAACAAUUCACAGCGCAACAGAAGCAACAACAACAUGUGUGCAAAAGCAAACAAGUGAAAUAUAGCGAAACCUGUUCUCAUUGCAACUACUGCGCAUGCGCAACGCUUCUGUAAUUGACGGCAACAACAACAACAAUUGCGUCGACGCCAGCAACAACCUCAACCAACAUUCGCGUCACCUCGCAUAUCGCGGCCCGUCAUCGCGUUUAUUUUUGUUGUAGUGUUUUUUCUCUUUUUCUUCAAUAAUAAUCACCGCAUGUGAAUGUGAUUUUCGCGCACGUGUAUAUGUACAUACGUAUGUGUAUGAGUGUGUAUGCACCCAUGUGAAUUUGUGGAAUUGUCCUACCGCAACAACACAAGUCGCCAACACUCACUGCAUGUGAUUGCUUGUGACAACAGCAAAUAGCAACAACAAUAAUUGCAGUGCAAUAACAACAGCAACAAGAUAUCACGACGUCUGGCCACAACAACAACACGACGCGACCACAGCCCGAGCAUUACAUAACUUUCAAGUUGUUCACUUAUUGUUGUUAUUGCUUGCUGCUUUUUUCAAUUUUAUCUCUCAUUGUGUUCACUCUAGUGUCUACUUGAAUUUGUCACUCCUUCGAUAAUUGUGUCACAUUAACCCAAUUCUCGGCUUUCUUCACACACAUACAGAGACACACACCCGUUUAAUUGACGUUUGUUUUAUUGCAUUGGAUUGAUUUGAGCGUUGUGCUCCAUUUGCGGUCGAUUAAUUUGUUAAAUUGUUUACAUUUAUUUACACCGUUAUUUAUCGUUGGCGUUUUUGUGGCGUUCGGCUUUAUUGGCAUUUGUUUUGAAGGCGUAUUGAAAACUAGUUGCAGUGACAAUGCUGAAAAUGUAUAAAGCGACGGCGAUACUAUUGAUCCUCUUCGGAUAUCUGCUCAUCACAGAUUGCAGUGAAACAACACGCACAAAGCGGGCCAAACGCCCACGUGCCCCAGAACCGGUGAACUUCGAACCGGAACCACAACAAGAUUUGGAAAAUGAAGAGAGCGGCAGUCAAGAGAAGGAUAUACCUGAAAUACCGACGAAUUUCCUAAGUCCCUCUGUACGAGAAUAUCUUGAAUUGGGCAAGUCGAUACCUGGCCGUCCCGGUGUCGACUAUCCCAUACUCUCAGCCAUUCCAUACACGAAUUUCUACUGCGAUGAGCAGCCAUAUCCGGGCUUUUUCGCCGACAUGGAAACCAGGUGUCAAGGCUGGCACUAUUGCGACAUUGAUGGACGACAAGCCUCCUUCUUAUGUCCAAAUGGCACACAAUUUUCACAAGCCGUCUUUGUGUGCGAUUGGUGGUUCAACGUCCGCUGUGAUCUGUCGCCACGUCUUUACGCUAUCAAUGCACGACUCUACCAGCGCCCCAAGGUGAAUCCUACACGACCACAUCGCAUCAUUACGAAGGAGCUGGUCGAUGACAUCUUCAAUUAAGCGGUACUGGGUGACAGCAAAGAUAGUAAAAAAAAAAGUAGCACGAAAGAGACAAAAAAUGAAGGAGGAGAGAGGGAGAUAAAAUGCGAAAAAGAUAGAUAUGUGAGGCAAAAUAGAGAGAAAAGAUGAACGAGAAAGAGAGAGAAAAUGAUAAAUAGAGCAAAAAUAAAGAGAUAUAAAAAAAGAGAAACAGAGAGAAGAAAGGAGGAAAGAUAGAGAAGAAGGUUAUAAAGGGCGAGAGAGAAAGAGAGAAAAAAUUAAAAGAAAGAGACAAAAAAAGAAAAAGGAAGUAAGAUGGAGAAAGAGAGGGAGAAAUAGAGAGAGAGAAAGAGAGAGAGAGAGAGAAAGAGAGAGAGAGGAAGAAAUAGAGAGAGAGAGUGAGAAAGAGGGAGAAGAAAUGAAAAAAACGAGAGUAAAAUGCAUUGCCAGAUGAAAACAAGUGAGGGAAGAGCGCUUUAGCGUAGAUUUGUGGGCUAUGAGGGUUAUUUAAGUUAAAAAAAAUUCGAUUUCAAGUAUUGAGUGACAAAAUAUCCAACGGUGCAUAGUAUUAAAAUGAAACUCAAAAAUGUUGCAAUCCUAAUUCGGUGCAAUCGUGAGAAGUGCAGUUACAAAAUAUGCUAAGAAUAUAUUUUAAGUACAUCAAGUGUAUAUUUAGUGCUCUAAUCAUAAAUCGGAACUAUAAAUAUGUAAUGGAGUGUUACAUAAACUAUUUUUUAGUAAAUAAAUUAGUAUUGAUCUACAUACUUUCUAAUGUAAAAUAUUAUGAAACCAAUAAUUUAGCAUAAAAGUGUGUAAUAUAAAAAGAUAAUUUUAGUUUUUUAGUUUAAUAUUACAAAAAAAAACAAUAUUUAAUACUAUUUUUAGUGAAUUUGUAUAUAGUUAUAUAGCAAUAUAAUCAAUGUGUCUUCCAUCGCGGUCAACUGCUUGCAUUAACGUACAGAUACAUAAUAUUGUAUGCAUAAAUAUUUAGUAUUUAUAUGUAUAUUUUAACUUUAAAUGCACAUAUUAUAUUGUCUAUAUAAACACACUACUCCUUCCUUUCCCUUCUCAUUAAACAUUUUGUCACUUUGUAGUUUCAUUGCAUUUAAUUUAUAUUUUAAGUUAAACUACUCUCCUGUUUAAACUAUUCUGCAGUUAGUUUAAGCCGUUACCUGGUUUGAAAUGUUGAAUAAAACUUAUUAGCGAGCGCGCAGAUAUUUUGUUUUUAACUUUGUCUAUUUAAUAAUAUUUUUUGUUUUCAAAA